AUAGACGUUACUGUCCUAACCUAUCGACGACUGAAAAGGUUUGUUUUGUUGCAAGUUUAUAAACAAACAAUGGAAUGCGUGCUGGACGAGGAGCUGCUGGCCAAUAUUAAAUGUAGCGACCAGGAGGAAGAAGACGAGGAUGGUGAAAAGAUGGAGGUGGAGGAGCGGCUGCCGCCGGUCGAUUCCACAGUCCAAAGUGCCUCCUUUAACGGAGAUGACUCCGAUCCGCUACAGGAAGCAGUAUGCAAUUUUCCCUGGAUUUUCGAGGACAGCGACAUGCUGAUGAACGAGGACCAACUGGCUGACGUGGUGCUGAAGAAGGAGGAUUCCGCCAGGCCAGCUGCCCCGAAGCGAGGACGUGGUCGUCCACCAAAUAAUAACGGAAACUACACAUCUCCUUGUGGGCAGCUAUGGAGCGUGACCAGGAGCCCAGAUAUUUCUGCAGAGGAUCUACCCCUUUUGGGGCAACAGGCCUGUGGCAAGGGACCCGCCCGAACAGUGUCCAAUGCAGUGGAAGCAUGGAUGCUGCUCUUCGAUGAUGAAAUGCUGCGGUCUUUACUUCGCCAUAUCAAUGAACAGAUGCGUAAGCGGAGAACGGCCACAAGUGUCCAGAGACCCCUAGACGUUGUGGAGCUGCGGGCAUUCUUGGGUCUAAGCUACCUUUGUGGAGUGUUCCGAAAUGCCAGGCACAAUGGGCCAUUGGAUGAGCUGUGGACCCUGGAGCUGGGCAAUGCCAUAUUCCGAGCAUCCAUGUCGCUCGCUCGAUUCGAAAGCAUUUCCGAGUGUCUGGCGGGAAAUUGCGGCUGGUCCGAGGGCCAAAAGCUCUGGCAGCGCCUUAUAAUCAAUUGCAGAUCCUACUACGGCUGCAGCAGUUGGUUGACCGUGGAUGAGACAUUCUGCGCGGUGGCCAAGUCACGGAUGACCCUCUGCUGUGAUGCCAGGACACUGUACAUGGCCAAUGCAGUGGUAAGCAGAAACCAGAGAUGUCCGGACAAGGAUGUAGAACAACUGAUCUGCGAUUUCAAGACCACGGGAAGAAAUGUAACGCUGGGAUCACGGUAUCUAAACUUGACGCAGUGCGAGCAGUUGGCGCAGCGGCAAAUAAGCUCGUUGGGUAAGCUGGAGGCCAAUUCGCCACAUUGGCCGCGGCAGUGGCCCACAGAAUCACCCUUGUUUGGUGGCAGCUCAAAACUCAUUCCGCUCGAUGGCGACGCAGUCUUCUGCUGCGGUCUUAGCUCCCAAGUAGAUGCAGUCCAGGCAUAUGAGCAAACCUCAGAAGCCUGUCAGCAGUUUUACGAACACUCCCAGCGCUUCAGCACAGCCCACGCUACGCCCGCACCCUUGAAAAAGCAGAUCAAUCCUUUUCUGCAACUACUUCACUUUGUGCUCAACGCGGCUGCCGUGAAUGCAUGGAUCCUGUUACGACUUUCGCCCAAAGGCGAUGCCGCUAUGGAUCAGCGCGACUUCCAGAGACAGUUGGGACUCUUCCUCACACAGCAGAGAUUACAGCGACGCCUUCAGCGAAGAUCCACCAGCACUUCGCUCGUGAUGCGACUGCAAAUCUGCGAAAUCCUGGGCCAAUCCAGUCAGCGGCUGCUCAGUGAGGCGACCGGCGAGGCGAAACUAACGCACAGCGUAGGCGUGCUAACACCCGACAAGAUGAGCCUGCCCUUGGGCAUUAAUUUGGCUAGUCGGUACGGAGAGAAGCAUCGCAGGUGCAAGCCCUGCGCUCGAAAUAAGCGUGGCACUAAAUCGCGGACGCGGUGCCAACAGUGCUUGCAACAUCGAUGCGGCAACCACUUGAUAUCCCGCUGCUACGAAUGCGUCGGCAUUUUGCCUGGCCAACUGCCCGAGGGCAACAUGGUGGAUGAAGGAGCCACCUGAAGAUGGAUAUUAAAUAACAUUUAUUG